AUGGCUGAGGUGCCACCAGAUUGGCGCAUGAGAUAUCGACUUCUUCUUUCUUAUGGCUAUAUUAAGGAUGACACUGUGAGUUUUUUCUUUACCCUUUAUCUAACUGGAGACACACUUGCUGAAGUGAUCCUCAACACCUUUGUGCUUAAGGCAGAUUUACCUUUGUCAAGUUAUUCAAUAAUAUGCCAGGUCUUUUCUGCCUUUGGGUUUGUGCAUAAGAUUACUACCUUUGAGAAAACAGCUGGAUUUCAGGCGUUGGUGCAAUUUUCGGAUGCUGAGACUGCCUCAUCUGCUAAGAAUGCCUUGGAUGGGAGAAGCAUCCCUAGGUAUCUGCUUCCUGAUCACGUUGGACCAUGUUCCCUUAGAAUUACUUACUCUGCCCAUACUGAUCUGACUGUGAAAUUUCAGAGCCACCGAAGCAGGGACUACACUAAUCCUUAUCUUCCUGUUGCUCCGUCAGCCAUAGAUGGAAGUGGUCAGUCACCUUUGCAGUUCACCGUGGGUUUGGAUGGAAAGAAACUUGAACCAGAGAGUAAUGUUCUUCUUGCCUCCAUUGAGAAUAUGCAGUAUGCAGUCACCUUACACCUCGACAAAGGAACAUAG